AUGUUAAUCCAACUCGGAAUUGAUGUGAAAGCAAAGAGCGGUGAAUUCGGAGCAAACGCCCUCCAUUUCCUCUGUGCUUCCAAUUCAUCAUCAAAUUUAAUUGACGCAAUCAACGGUUUACUUAAGAACGAAGUAGAUAUAAAUACAGCUGACGACAUCGGACGAAACGCACUCCAUUACAUGUGUGAGAACAAUUCAAGCCCAAAUUUAAUUGAAAACAUCGAACUUUUGAUCCACCUUGGAAUUGAUAUCCAUGCCAAGGACAAAAAUGGAAGGAAUGCGAUCCAUUUCCUGUGCAAAGGCAAUUCAUCAUCAAAUUUAUUUGGCGAAACGGAAGAAUUAAUCCAAAUCGGAAUCGACGAGAACGCAAAAAUCAUCGACAGAUUAAACGCACUCCAUUUCCUCUGCUCAAAGAAUUCAUCCUUAAAUUUAUUUGGAGCAAUCAAUAAGUUAGUUCAACUCGGAAACGACAUGAACGCUAAGAGUAGCGGCGGAUUUACCGCAUUCCAUUUCCGCCGCGUACACCUUUCGUACACUAAUUUCAUUGGCACAAUCGAGCGUUUACUUCAAGGAGGACUAGAUGUGAAAACAAGAGACAACGACGGACGAAACGCACUCCAUUAUUUGUGCGCAUACAAUUCAAGCCCUUAUUUGACUGAUGCAAUCGAGUUCUUAAUCAAAAACGGAAAUGAUGUUAAUGCAGAAGAUAAAUACCGCUAUAACGUACUCCACACUUUGUGUGCAAACAACUCAAGCUUAAAGUUAAUAGACGCAAUUGGCAAGUUAAUCCAACUAGGAAUCGACGUAAACGCAAGGACUGACAACGGAUUGAACACACUACAUCUCCUGUGCGCAAGAAAUUCAUCCCCAAAUUUAAUGGAUGCAAUCGAUGAGUUAAUCAAACUCGGAAUCGACGUAAAUGCAAAGAGCGACAACGGAGCAAACGCACUACAUUUUCUGUGUGGUAACAAUUCAUCCUCAAAUUUAAUGGAUGGAAUCGAUAAAUUAAUCCAACUUGGAAUCGACGUGAACGCAAGGCGCGACGACGGAGCGAACGCACUCCAUUGCCUGUGCUUAAACAAUUCAUCCACAAAUUUAAUUGACGGAAUCGACAAGUUAAUCCAACUCGGAAUCGACGUGAACGCAAGGCGCGACAACGGAACAAACGCACUCCAUAACCUGUGCGCAAAGAAUUCAUCCGCAAAUUUAAUGGAUGGAAUCGAAAAGUUAAUCCAACUCGGAAUCGACGUGAACGCAAAGGAUAACAACGGGGCAAACGCACUCCAUGCCCUGUGCACGUGGAAUUCAUCCACAAAUUUAAUUGAUGCAAUCGAAAAGCUAAUCCAACUCGGAAUCGACGUGAACGCAAAGGAUGACAAUGGAUUAAACGCACUCCAUAACCUGUGCACGAAGAAUUCAUCCUCAAAUUUAAAGGAUGGAAUCGAAAAACUAAUCCAACUCGGAAUCGACGUGAACGCAAAGGGCAACAACGGGGUAAACGCACUCCAUUUCCUGUGUGGUAACAAUUCCUCCUCAAAUUUAAUGGAUGGAAUCGAAAAGUUAAUUCAACUCGGAAUCGACGUAAACGCAAAGAGCGACAACGGAACAAACGCACUCCAUUUCCUGUGCACAACGAAUUCAUCCUCAAAUUUAAUUGAUGGAAUCGAAAAGUUAAUCCAACUCGGAAUCGACGUAAACGCAAAGAGCAACAACGGGGUAAACGCACUCCAUUUCCUGUGUGGUAACAAUUCCUCCUCAAAUUUAAUGGAUGGAAUCGAUAAGUUGAUCCAACUCGGAAUCGACGUAAACGCAAAGAGUGACAACGGAACUAACGCACUCCAUGUUCUUUGCAAGGAAAAUGCAAGCACAAAUUUAAUUGAAGCCAUCAAACUGUUGAUUCACCUUGGAACUGAUAGCCAUGCAAAGGACAAAAACGGAAGGAAUGCGCUGCAUUUCCUGUGCAAAUCUAAUUCCAAUGAAAACCUAUUCGACGCGGUCAAAUAUUUAAUUGAACUAGGAAUUGAGAUUAAAUCCAACGGUUACGACGCGAAGGUUCUCUUACGCAAAAAUUACAAAAAAGAUAACUUGGAGGAAAUCAUGGAACUAUUUGACAAGCUAGACCUUGCUAUUAAUUAAUCAACAAAAACGGUAUUGAUUUU